AGGAUCAUGAUGCCAUUUCACUGGAAGCUCCACAAAUGAACCCUGCACUAAUUGGAAAAUCCUUGGAAUGGGGAAGACUGAUAGUAACUUUCCUUCUUUUGCCCAAGGAGAAAAAAGGUGCAAAGGACUCAAUCACAUUUUUACGUCAAUCACACCUUUGUAUUCAGAGUUUGCUCCCUCUUGGGAAGAAAGCAUGUCCUUGGUGAAAAAAAGGCAUGGAGGCCUAGGGAGUAAAUAUUGGAUUUCUUCCCUUUUCUCACACAGGGCACAAACAUCUUUCAGCAGUAUCAGGGCAAUGGUUGAACUGGGAAAGGCAGCAGAGGCGAUUGCAGAAUGAAGGUGAUGCUCUGAUCACGGUUUCAAAGGGACUGUUCAGCCCUGUCCUUUCAUCCCAGAGGAUUUACAGCAGGGAAUGCCUCUGUGUUGUAGCUGUGCUAAUCCAUCCCUUUGUUGGUGGCUGUUGGGGUGAUGUGGAAAGUUGGCAGGGCUGUGCAAUGCCACGUGAAACCUUCCUGCUGCCAAGCUUUGUUAGAAAUGUGAAGACCUAUGAAAUGAUCUGAGUGUGCUCUGGGAUAGAAAUGAACCUGGCCUGGGUUAUGGAUUCUCAAUAAAUUGUUUCAGCUCAGUUCCAUAAGAAACAACAACUCUGCUCUAAAUUCCCUGCAAGGAGUUCAGUGAGAAGCCAGGGUAAGGAUGCAGGAUAUAGAAACCAGUAGGUUUGAAAAAUCCAAGGCAAAAUUAAACUGGCACGUUGUGAGAAAACUGGAAUGUGCCCUCAUGGCAGCAGCACUUUGGGUGCUGGGGUGGGACAGCCGUGUGCAGGCACCUGAGAGGGAGCACCAAGAAGGAAUUGUAUUUCCUCAACAAUAACCCACCCUGGGAAGGGGAGAGCACCAUCAGUGCAGUGCAAUAAACCAGGCUGCUCCCAGCCCCGUCCAAGCUGGCCUUGGCGCUCCCAUGGAUGGGACAAUCCUAAAUAGAUCAAUCUGCUUAUACAGUAACAUCUCUCGCUGUAGUUGCUGUAACGAUUUGCAAAAUGGGGCUAAUAAUGAAAAAGUUUGUCUCUAAAAGAUAAAAAACCUGUGUUAUUUUACUGCAGAGUAGUGAAGCAGAGACUUGUCCAAAGGGACAAGUGUGGGAGACUGUCGGGUAAGAGCUGAAACUCUGGCUGCCCAUCAGGGCUUUUCAUUGGCAUUUACAGCUGAUACUUGUACCUCUGUUCUAAAAAUAUAAAAGUUUAUUUGUCUUAUAAAUAGCAAGAAGAAGAAAAGAUUUGAGGAGAACCUCACCUUCCUUUCCUAGUUUAUAGUAACUUAUAUUAUUGUUCCAAAAUCUGAGUAUGUUGAGUUGGGUACUGUAUCUCAGUUUCCCCCAUCAGCUCCCAUUCGGAAAUCUGAUCAAUACAAUCAGAGCUGGCUUUGAAUUCUUGAGAAGAUUUGCCUUUGCUGUAUCUUCUUUCUGCUGAGCACCCGUGUCUAAGACCUUGUGGCUGUCUUGGGAACAUUAGUAGGGGAGAUAAAUUAGGCUGUUUGACAUCAUCUUGUUGAUAAAUAUUUUCUUUUAGGAUUCUCAAAGGCCCUAAGUAAAGAACAGGGGAGGCUGUGACAGAUGCUGUCAUGUGAGGAGAACUCUCCUUGUGCCAAUGGCCCCAGUGAAUAUCUUGUGUCGAUAUACAGGAUCUUUUACACCCUGAUUUUAUAUCUUCACUGUUGGGGGGGUUAAAUAUUAACCUAAUUUUUUGUUUCUAUAACCCGCUGGAGGUGCAUUUGUUCACGUGAUUUCUCUUUGCUUUCUCAAAUCUCGUCAUGAAAAAGAUUCACAAAUUGUUGUUCUUCUUUUCAGUUUGGGUUUGUUUGGAAUAUUUUGGCCCCUUUGAAUCUUCUUUUGAUUCAGUGUUUGAAACGUUCUGGUGGGACACUUUCAAUACUAAAAACUUUGCACCUAUACCCAAACAAUUUGAUCAGUGACGCCACAGUUCCUCCUCUGUCCAGGAACACUGAGAAGCAUGAAGUGAAUUUUUGGUUUCAUACCAAUAUUCCUUUAUUCCUCCUCUUCCAGCAAAGUCUUUUUGAGUCACAGCAGCACAGUGAGUGGUUGGUUUACACACCACACAGCCACUACCUUGUGCUGCUACUCAGCCCAUCAGCAUCAAAAAAUAAACCUGAAAGUAAGACACUGCAGGUGAUCUACUCACAGCACUUUGAUUCACUGCCUCCAAGUAUAUUAUUUGUUAUGAUCUAAUACUUUCUAUUAAUACUUUGAGAAAGAGGAUGAGUGGCACUGAAGUAAAAGUGGAAUUCUUGUUAGAGCAUGUAUCCUUUCCUAAAAACUUUUUGUUUGUAAGCCAAAACCAGAUCCCUGACAAGGCCUGUGCUCCCAGCCUGGUUUCAUGCAAAAGAAAAAAGCUGUAAAAAGGGAGGGAUCCGAGGAAUAAUUGUAUAUUUAACUUGAAGACAAUCCUUUGCAUUUGUCUAACCAAGCCUUUCAUUUCAUAUUUUUUUUGUAAAAAUGCCCUCCGCAGUAUUUCCAUACAUUAAACCAAAAGGUGCUGAGCAGAGGAGCUUUGCAGUGGGGAAUGGUGAAUGAAGAAUGAGAAGGAACUCACUGGUGGUAGUUUAAAAAUAGACACAAAUGUGGCACAAAUAUGUAUUUAAAUGUCCUUUUCCAAUGAUACAAUGCUUGUUAAGGCCAGGUGCUCUAUUGGUUACGUCAGGAGGUUAAAUAUAGCACCUGGGAUGUCAGGACAUUUAUCCAUCAUGCCCUGAGUGGCUCCUGUUGGAUGAGCAGGACUGAUGGAACUCAAUAUUUAAAUAAGUUAAGCACAAGAAAAUAUUUUAAGCUUUGAAUUUUUGUGGUUGAAAUGCAAAACAACAUCUUUUUCUGCCCAAGUACUUCUGCAGUGUUCUGGCUUUCGUUCAGAGCUGCUGGCCAUGUGCUCGUUUAUGUGCCAUGGAUAAAUCUGGCCUGGUGUGUUAACCUGGGUCAGAGCUGCCAGGCUCCACCUAGGGCACAGUUAAUGCUUUUGAAAUAUUUGUCCCCCAGAAAGUCAAGUUCAUAUUCUCACAACAAAGUCAAAAGCUGGGCUUGAUGAUCUUGGAGGUCUUUUACAGCCUUAAUGAUUCCAUGGUUUUAUUAAUAUUCCAUCAGAAAUCAGAGUCAGACAUAAAUUUCCACAACAAAGCAAUAAAAAAAAGGAAUUAAUAUUAACCACUGGCAUUCCUUUUACCUCAUACAUGUUUGGAACAGGGAGGUUUGGAAUCCCCAUUCCUGGAGGUGUCCAAGGGAGGCCUGGACAUGGCCCUCAAUGCUCUGGGCUGGUGACAAGGUGGGCAUCGGGCACAGCUUGGACUUGAUGGGCUGGGAGGGCUUUUCCAGCCUCAGGGAUCCCGGGAUUCUCCUUGCCCAUGCAAUGGCAAUAGUUUUGUCAGAGCUGUUCCUUGAAAUUUGGAGCUGAAGGAGCAAAGCAGCAAAAUGCAGGAAUUGAAAUAUUUUCUCAAGUGACCCAAGAGCACCCUCCUCCCCUUUUUGUACUCUGAUGCCAGAACAAAAAUCUUAUGUUCAGCCUAACUUCUCACUUCAUCAAUAAUCCUUUUGGCUCUUAGCCCCCUUCUGUAAUCUCCAUGGGUUAUUCCAUGCUUUUUCCAGCCCUGACCUGUGCUGCUGAAGAUGUGCCAUGUUUCACACCAAAGACAGCUGCAUUUCAGCAGCAGAAAAAGCGGUGCUGGUGUCCUAUGUGUAAUUUUAACUUUGUUUAGUGUCUUUCUAAAUAAGAUAUAUCGAACAGCAAUGUAAAAUGGUCUGAAGAUGAUGUUCUAGUAAUGCAGGACUUGCAGAGUAUCACUGAGGGAGAAAUUGUUUGCAGGAACUUCCAAGAUCGAGCUGGAAAUGACAAUAAUGAAUUACAAGUUCAAUAAGGAAAGUUGGCCCUUGACUCCAUUAAGGUUUGUUAUUGAUAAUGAAGAUGUUACGUUUUGCAUCUAAUCUACUGAGAAGCAGCACUUGGGAGGAAAAUGAGUCUGUGAGUUAUUUCUGGAAUGCACACACAGAGGAUCUGGAUCAGAGAGCAGCAGGUUACGCUGAGGUUGCUCUCGAGAGACUCCACCAACACGCUGUGUUAAUUUCUGGACAAUUUCAAAAGACGUUAAGAAACUGAAACAAACAGAAAUCAGAUUAAAAGGGGAAGGACUGCCUAGUAAAGCAAAAUGUAGAGUAAUUGAAAGUGGCUUGCCCAAAGAAGAAAGGGAGGGGUCUGCAGCUCUGGGCAGAGUAUAAAAUACUUGGCAGUAGUGAAUGAGAUAUGAUACUUCAUCUGGAUAUAAAUAUGAACUUCUGGAAAGAGUUAAGGAAAAAGGUGCCUCUCAAGGACUCCUGACAAUAAUUUAUUGAAUUAUGUGAUCUAGCAUGUGAAAAGGGAUCAGUGUUGAUACUGGCUUUUGAAUGCACCUCCCUGAAGAACCAAAGUCAACUCUGUCAGUCGAGUGAUCACCUCAGAAGUCACAUCUGUUAUCAUCACCCUGGUUCUACUCCAUACAUCAUGGCGUUCUUGACCUUCCAAAAUACCAGGAUUGCUCCCCUGUCCCUUAAUCUGUUUAUCAACUCUUCUUAGACUCCCUUCACCAGGCAUGUUGGCUCUUUGUUGGGUUCCCUCCUUGCAAACCGUCACUUUUCACAUGUUCCUGGGUCUGCGUGUUCUGCUACCGAACAUUUAAAAAGUGACAAAAAUAGUGACACCUGCUUUGCAUCAAGGUGAAAAAGCACUUCAGGUGUACUUAUGGGUGAAAUUAAAGACAUCUUUAUACUAAAAAUUUAGUCUGCAGUGUGGAGUCCUCAAGUUCAGAGAUUCUUGAAUUUGGAUGGUGGUUAUUCAGGGACAUUAUAGGAAUGGAAUUGCCUCCAUCAAUUGAAAUUCAAUGUUAUUAUCAACUCUGAUAAUGUUUUUUCCAUUGGAGCUCUCCCUUGGGUUUGCCUGGGGCUCCAUCUCAGCCAAGCCCUGGUGAGGUCCAGCCAAGCUCUGGUGUGUUCUGGGUUUCCUGAGGAGCACAGAGGUGCCCAGCUCCCUUUCCCUGAUGUUGCUGAGAACAGGUGGCCUCCUCAGGGGUCACCGAGUAUAUUUAGGGAUGAAACUCGAGCGGGCUGGGGCCACAUUGGCCGUGUGGGCCACACACGUCAUCGGGAGCUGCUGAACCCACUCGCUCUCACCCAGUGCUGCUCAGGAGGGAAGACUGGAGAGCCUUUGCUCCAACGGAUAUUUACUGGAUGUCACUGGUCUGAAGAGAUAGAAAGAAAAAAGCCACAAGAGCUUAAACAAAAAACCCCAGAGCAUCUCUAUAGGCUGAUGCUGAGAAGACAGAAAUUGCCGCAUUAACCUAAGUGAGUGCGGGAGAGACAGAAGCAAACCCUCAGAAUGGAGGAAGAAGAAUAUGAGGAAGUUGUGGAGUACUACAUUGAGGAGACAAUUAUUGAGGGGGGUGAGCCACACGAGGUGGUCACUGAGAUCACUGAGACCAUUAGCACAGACUACUCAGGCCCUGAGACCAUUAGGACAGACUACUCAGGCCCUGAGACCAUCACCACCACCACCACCUACACAGCUGAGCACACCCAGCCCUCUGGGGAGGAUGCAGCCCGUCCCAUCAGGAAGAGGAAAAUCCGCACAAAAGUGGACCCAUCCAAGUUUUUGACACCUUACUUGGAACACAGCAAUAAAAUGAAGGACCUAUUCAGCGAGAACAAGUACAAAGAAAAAUUUAGAAAAGAAAAAGGAAAGCCAUAUGCUUCCACAAUUGACACCCCUGAAAUCCGGAGGAUCAAGAAAGUGCAGGACCAGCUCAGCGAGGUUAAAUACCGCAUGGCUGGGACAGUUGCCAGAACCAUUUGCCACGUGGAUGAAAAGGCCAAGGAUAUAGAACAUGCAAAGAAAGUGUCACAGCAAGUGAGCAAGGUAUUAUAUAAACAGAAUUGGGAGGAGAAUAAGGACAAGUACCUGCUUCCCCCUGAUGCUCCAGAGCUUGUGAAUGCAAUAAAAAACACAGCAAUGUUCAGCAAGAAACUCUAUACUGAAGAGUGGGAUGCAGACAAAACCCUGUUCUAUCCCUACAAUGACAGUCCAGAGCUCAGAAGGGUGGCACAGGCUCAGAAGACUCUGAGUGAUAUUGUCUACAAAAAGGGGCACGAUGAAAGGAAAGCUAAAUUCACCUCUCUGCCAGACCCCCCUGAUGUGGAACAAGCCAAGAAGGUGACAAGGCAGCUGAGUGAUGUUAUUUACCAUGAGGACUAUAAAAACAAAAUCAAAGGCAAGUGGAGUCAAACUCCGUGCUAUGACGUGGCAGUUGCAAAAAUGAAUGCAGAGAAUCUAAGUAUGAGGAAAUACCAGGAAGACUUUGAAAACAUAAAAGACCAAAUCUACUUCAUGCAGACUGAAACUCCAGAAUAUGAAGCCAAUAAAAGAGCUUCAGAGAAUGUCAGCAAGUUCAAAUACAGAGCAGACUAUGAAAAGAAUAAAGCUAUUGCAGAUUAUAAUGUGCUCCCUGCUACAGAGAACCCAUUGCUGAAGCAAUUAAAAGCUGCAGGAGAUAUUCUGAGUGAUAAAUUAUAUAAAGAAGCCUAUGAACAGUCCAGAGGAAACAGAAUGAAUUACUGUGAGACACCCAAGUUCCAGACUGAUGCUGCUCUGAAGGACUUUAGUGAUGUAAAAUAUAAAGAUGCAUAUCAGAAGAACAUUCUGGGACACUACCUGGGCAGCUUUGAGGACCCACAUUACAACCACUGCAUGCAAGUUGAAGCUAUGAAAAGUGAUAAAAAUUACAAAGCAGAUUAUGAGGAGGAAAAGACAAAGUGCUACUUCCCUCAGACCAUAACUCAAGAGUAUGAAGCAAUUAAGAAGUUGGAGCAAUGUAAAGAUUACACCUACAAAAAGCAUCCUGAUCAAACCAAAUUCACUUCAGUGACUGACUCUCCAGUACAGAAGCAAGCAGAGAUCAACAGCAAACAACUGAGUGAUAUAUUGUAUAAAUCCAAAGGGGAAGAAAUUAUUCACAAGUACCACCUCCCUCCUGAUGUGCCCCAGUUCAUCCAGGCUAGAGUUAAUGCCUACAACAUCAGUGAUGCUAACUACAAAGCAGACUGGAAGAAAACCCUUGCCAAAGGCUAUGAUCUGAAACCAGAUGCCAUUCCAAUUAUUGCUGCUAAAGCUUCUCGGAAUAUUGCAAGUGAUCACAAGUACAAGGAAUCCUACGAGAAAGACAAAGGCAAGCAGGUCGGGUUCCGGAGCCUGCAGGAUGAUCCCAAACUUGUUCACUACAUGAAAGUGGCCAAAAUCCAAUCGGAUCGCGAGUACAAGAAGGAUUAUGAGGUCACCAAGACCAAAUAUCACGCUCCUUUGGAUAUGUUCAGCGUGACAGCUGCCAAGAAAGCCCAGGAGGUGGUGACAAAUGCUGGCUAUAAGCAGCCAAUUCACCAUUACACCCUCCUGCCUGAUUCUGUGAACCUGGAGCUGUCCAGAAACGUGAUGCAGCUUCAGAGUGAUAAUCUGUACAAAUCUGACUUCAAUAACUGGCUGAGAGGAGUUGGCUGGGUACCAAUUCAGUCACUGGAUGUAGAAAAGGCCAAGAAAGCCACAGAAAUUCUCAGUGAGAAGAAAUAUCGCCAACAUCCCGACCAGCUGAAGUUCUCCAUCCCCAUGGAUGCCAUGGAACAAGUCCUGGCCAAGCAAAAUGCCAAGACCAUGAACAAGAGGCUGUACACAGAUAAAUGGAACAAAGAGAAGACCAGCAUUCAUGUUAUGCCAGACACCCCAGAAAUUCUGCAGUGCAAAGUGAACCAGAUGACAAUGAGUGAUAAACUUUACAAAGCUGAAUGGGAGGAGGACAAGAAGAAGGGUUAUGACUUGCAGCCAGAUGCAAUUCCAAUAAAAGCAGCCAAAAGUUCCAGAGACAUCGCGAGUGAUUAUAAAUACAAACUGGCCUACGAGAAGAGCAAAGGGAAGCACAUUGGCUUCCGCAGCCUGGAGGACGACCCCAAGCUGGUGCACUUCAUGCAGGUGGCCAAGAUGCAAUCUGACAGAGAGUACAAAAAAGGUUAUGAGGCGGCCAAGACUAAUUUCCACACUCCAGUUGACAUGGUCAGUGUGGUGGCAGCCAAGAAAGCUCAGGAAGUGGCUACAAAUGCAAACUACAAGAACUUGAUCCACACCUACAACGUCCUGCCCGAUGCUAUGAGCAUUGAAUUGGCCAAAAACAUGAUGCAGUUACAAAGUGAUAAUCAAUACAAAGCAGAGUAUGAUGAAACUAUGAAAGGUGUUGGGUGGCUCCCACUGGGCUCCCUGGAAGCUGAGAAGAACAAAAAAGCCAUGGAAAUUGUUAGUGAGAAGAAAUAUCGCCAGCAUCCAGACAAGUUGAAGUACUCUGUUCCUAUGGAUUCCAUGAACAUGGUCUUAGCUUUAAAUAAUGCCAAAAUCAUGGAUGAGCACAAAUACAAACAAGCCUGGGAAGAAGACAAAAAGAAGGUUCACAUCACUCCAGAUAUUCCACAGAUUGCUUUAGCAAAAGCAAAUGCACUCAAUUUAAGUGACAAAAUGUACAGAUCUUCAUUUGAAGAAACCAGGAAGAAAGGAUAUGAUCUCAGGGCAGAUGCUAUUCCUGUCAAAGCUGCCAAAGCUUCCAGGGAUAUUGCCAGUGAUUAUAAAUACAAAUUAGGGUACGAACAAGACAAGGGGAAACUCGUCGGCUUCCGCAGCCUCCAGGAUGAUCCCAAACUUGUCCAUUGCAUGCAAGUGGCCAAGAUGCAGUCAGACAGGGAGUACAAGAAGGCCUAUGAGCAGAGCAAGACUAAUUACCAGACACCUUCUGAUGCCCUCAGCGUGGUGGCAGCCAAGGAGGCCCAGGACCGUGUGACCAACGCCAACUACAAACGCCUGAUCCACCAGUACGUGCUCCUGCCAGAUGCAAUGAGUUUGGAGCUGUACAGAAACAUGAAUCAGAUCCAAAGUGAUAAUGAGUACAAGCAGGAUUACAAGGAGUGGUUCAGAGGGAUUGGUUGGAAUCCCAUUGGUUCUCUGGAUGUGGAGAAGUCAAAGAAAGCCACAGAGAUUGCGAGUGAUCAGAAGUACCGCCAGCACCCCAGCAUAUUGCCCUUCACCAAACAGAAUGAUGCCAUGGACCUGGUCCUUGCAAAGCAGAACGCAAAUAUCAUGAACAAACAUGCUUAUACUCAAGCCUGGGAGAAGGAUAAAACUCAGGUCCAUGUGAUGCCAGACACACCAGAUAUUCUACAGGCCAAACAGAACAAGACAAACUACAGUCAGAAACUCUACAAGCUUGGCUGGGAGGAAAUGAUAAAGAAAGGCUAUGACCUCACACCUGAAGCCAUGUCAGUGAAAGCUGCCAAAGCUUCAAGGGACAUUGCCAGUGAUUUCAAGUACAAAGAAGGAUACCGCAAGCAGCAGGGACAUCACAUCGGGUUCCGCAGCUUGCAGGAUGAUCCCAAGAUGUUGUGGUCCAUGCAAGUAGCUAAAAUGCAGAGUGAGAGGGAGUACAAGAAGGACUUUGAAAAGUGGAAGACCAAGUUCAAUAUGCCUGUGGAUAUGUUGGGCUUCCUUCUGGCUAAGAAGUGUCAGGAGCUGGUCAGUGAUGUGGACUACAAACGGAUACUGCACCACUGGACUUGUCUGCCAGACCAGGUCGAUGUCACCGAGGCAAAGAGGGUCAACGAACUGCAGAGUGAUAACCUGUAUAAGUCAGAUCUGCAGUGGCUCAGAGGCAUUGGAUGGAGUCCUUUGGGAUCUCUGGAGUCUGAAAAGAACAAGAAAGCUUCUGAAAUACUGAGUGAGAAGAAGUACAGGCAGCACCCAGACACUAUUAAGUUUACAAGUAUCCCAGAUGCCAUGGAUAUCGUUUUGGCAAAAUCUAAUGCCAAAAAUAGGAGUGAUAUACUCUACCGGCAAGCUUGGAACAAGGACAAGACUCAGGUUCACAUUAUGCCUGAUACUCCUGAAAUUUUGCUGGCUAAAUCAAACUUGAUUAACACAAGUGAUAAACGUUACAAGGUAGGAUAUGAAGAGCUGAAGAAGAAAGGUUAUGACCUUCCUCCUGAUGCCAUCCCCCUCCAGGCAGCCAAGGCAUCCCGAGACAUAGCCAGUGAGUAUAAAUACAAAACUGCGUACAGAAAGCAGCUGGGCCACCACAUUGGGGCCCGCAACAUCGAGGAUGACCCCAAGAUGAUGUGGUCGAUGCACGUGGCCAAGAUCCAGAGUGACAGAGAGUACAAGAAAGACUUUGAGAAGUCCAAGACACGCUUCAGCAGCCCUGUGGACAUGCUGGGAGUGGUGUUGGCCAAGAAAUGCCAGGAGCUGGUCAGUGAUGUCGAUUACCGGCACCCUCUGCACCGCUGGACCUGCCUGCCAGACCAGAACGAUGUUGUCCAUGCCAAGACAGUGUACGACCUGCAGAGUGAUAAUGUGUACAAGUCUGACCUGCAGUGGCUGAGGGGCAUUGGCUGGUCCCCACUUGGAUCAUUGGACGUUGAGAAGAACAAGAGGGCGAGCGAGAUCCUGAGUGACAAGAAGUAUCGUCAGCACCCAGACACCAUCAAAUUCACGAGCCUUCCUGACUCAAUGCCCAUGGAGCUGGCAAAGCACAACUCCAAAAUCAUGGACCAACGUUCCUACAUCUCAGCCUGGGAGAAGGACAAAACCAGUGUUCACAUCAUGCCGGACACCCCUGGGAUCCUGCUGGCCCAGCAGAACCAAGUGAACUUGAGCGAGAAACUGUACAAGCAGGCGAUGGAGGAGGAGAAGAAGAAGGGCUACGACAUGCGGGCAGAUGCCAUUCCCAUCAAGUCUGCCAAAGCUUCCCGGGACAUCGCCAGUGAUUACAAGUACAAGGAAGGGUAUCGCAAACAGCUGGGCCACCACAUUGGGGCCCGCAACAUCGAGGAUGACCCCAAGAUGAUGUGGUCGAUGCACGUGGCCAAGAUCCAGAGUGACAGAGAGUACAAGAAAGCCUUUGAGAAGACCAAGACGCACUUCAGCAGCCCUGUGGACAUGCUGGGAGUGGUGUUGGCCAAGAAAUGCCAGGAGCUGGUCAGUGAUGUCGAUUACCGGCACCCUCUGCACCGCUGGACCUGCCUGCCAGACCAGAACGAUGUUGUCCAUGCCAAGACAGUGUACGACCUGCAGAGUGAUAAUGUGUACAAGUCUGACCUGCAGUGGCUGAGGGGCAUUGGCUGGUCCCCACUUGGAUCACUGGACGUUGAGAAGAACAAGAGGGCGAGCGAGAUCCUGAGUGACAAGAAGUAUCGUCAGCACCCAGACACCAUCAAAUUCACGAGCCUUCCUGACUCAAUGCCCAUGGAGCUGGCAAAGCACAACUCCAAAAUCAUGGACCAACGCUCCUACAUCUCAGCCUGGGAGAAGGACAAAACCAGUGUUCACAUCAUGCCGGACACCCCUGGGAUCCUGCUGGCCCAGCAGAACCAAGUGAACUUGAGCGAGAAACUGUACAAGCAGGCGAUGGAGGAGGAGAAGAAGAAGGGCUACGACAUGCGGGCAGAUGCCAUUCCCAUCAAGUCUGCCAAAGCUUCCCGGGACAUCGCCAGUGAUUACAAGUACAAGGAAGGGUAUCGCCAACAGCUGGGCCACCACAUUGGGGCCCGCAACAUCGAGGACGACCCCAAGAUGAUGUGGUCGAUGCACGUGGCCAAGAUCCAGAGUGACAGAGAGUACAAGAAAGCCUUUGAGAAGACCAAGACACACUUCAGCAGCCCUGUGGACAUGCUGGGAUUGGUGCUGGCCAAGAAAUGCCAGGAGCUGGUCAGUGAUGUCGAUUACCGGCACCCUCUGCACCGCUGGACCUGCCUGCCAGACCAGAACGAUGUUGUCCAUGCCAAGACAGUGUACGACCUGCAGAGUGAUAAUGUGUACAAGUCUGACCUGCAGUGGCUGAGGGGCAUUGGCUGGUCCCCACUUGGAUCACUGGAUGUUGAGAAGAACAAGAGGGCGAGCGAGAUCCUGAGUGACAAGAAGUAUCGUCAGCACCCAGACACCAUCAAAUUCACGAGCCUUCCUGACUCAAUGCCCAUGGAGCUGGCAAAGCACAACUCCAAAAUCAUGGACCAACGCUCCUACAUCUCAGCCUGGGAGAAGGACAAAACCAGUGUUCACAUCAUGCCGGACACCCCUGGGAUCCUGCUGGCCCAGCAGAACCAAGUGAACUUGAGCGAGAAACUGUACAAGCAGGCGAUGGAGGAGGAGAAGAAGAAGGGCUACGACAUGCGGGCAGAUGCCAUUCCCAUCAAGUCUGCCAAAGCUUCCCGGGACAUCGCCAGUGAUUACAAGUACAAGGAAGGGUAUCGCCAACAGCUGGGCCACCACAUUGGGGCCCGCAACAUUGAGGACGACCCCAAGAUGAUGUGGUCGAUGCACGUGGCCAAGAUCCAGAGUGACAGAGAGUACAAGAAAGCCUUUGAGAAGACCAAGACACGCUUCAGCAGCCCUGUGGACAUGCUGGGAUUGGUGCUGGCCAAGAAAUGCCAGGAGCUGGUCAGUGAUGUCGAUUACCGGCACCCUCUGCACCGCUGGACCUGCCUGCCAGACCAGAACGAUGUUGUCCAUGCCAAGACAGUGUACGACCUGCAGAGUGAUAAUGUGUACAAGUCCGACCUGCAGUGGCUGAGGGGCAUUGGCUGGUCCCCACUUGGAUCACUGGAUGUUGAGAAGAACAAGAGGGCGAGCGAGAUCCUGAGUGACAAGAAGUAUCGUCAGCACCCAGACACCAUCAAAUUCACGAGCCUUCCUGACUCAAUGCCCAUGGAGCUGGCAAAGCACAACUCCAAAAUCAUGGACCAACGCUCCUACAUCUCAGCCUGGGAGAAGGACAAAACCAGUGUUCACAUCAUGCCGGACACCCCUGGGAUCCUGCUGGCCCAGCAGAACCAAGUGAACUUGAGCGAGAAACUGUACAAGCAGGCGAUGGAGGAGGAGAAGAAGAAGGGCUACGACAUGCGGGCAGAUGCCAUUCCCAUCAAGUCUGCCAAAGCUUCCCGGGACAUCGCCAGUGAUUACAAGUACAAGGAAGGGUAUCGCCAACAGCUGGGCCACCACAUUGGGGCCCGCAACAUCGAGGACGACCCCAAGAUGAUGUGGUCGAUGCACGUGGCCAAGAUCCAGAGUGACAGAGAGUACAAGAAAGCCUUUGAGAAGACCAAGACACACUUCAGCAGCCCUGUGGACAUGCUGGGAUUGGUGCUGGCCAAGAAAUGCCAGGAGCUGGUCAGUGAUGUCGAUUACCGGCACCCUCUGCACCGCUGGACCUGCCUGCCAGACCAGAACGAUGUUGUCCAUGCCAAGACAGUGUACGACCUGCAGAGUGAUAAUGUGUACAAGUCUGACCUGCAGUGGCUGAGGGGCAUUGGCUGGUCCCCACUUGGAUCACUGGAUGUUGAGAAGAACAAGAGGGCGAGCGAGAUCCUGAGUGACAAGAAGUAUCGUCAGCACCCAGACACCAUCAAAUUCACGAGCCUUCCUGACUCAAUGCCCAUGGAGCUGGCAAAGCACAACUCCAAAAUCAUGGACCAACGCUCCUACAUCUCAGCCUGGGAGAAGGACAAAACCAGUGUUCACAUCAUGCCGGACACCCCUGGGAUCCUGCUGGCCCAGCAGAACCAAGUGAACUUGAGCGAGAAACUGUACAAGCAGGCGAUGGAGGAGGAGAAGAAGAAGGGCUACGACAUGCGGGCAGAUGCCAUUCCCAUCAAGUCUGCCAAAGCUUCCCGGGACAUCGCCAGUGAUUACAAGUACAAGGAAGGGUAUCGCCAACAGCUGGGCCACCACAUUGGGGCCCGCAACAUCGAGGACGACCCCAAGAUGAUGUGGUCGAUGCACGUGGCCAAGAUCCAGAGUGACAGAGAGUACAAGAAAGACUUUGAGAAGUCCAAGACACGCUUCAGCAGCCCUGUGGACAUGCUGGGAGUGGUGCUGGCCAAGAAAUGCCAGGAGCUGGUCAGUGAUGUCGACUACCGGCACUAUCUGCAUCAAUGGACUUGUCUGCCAGACCAGAACGAUGUUGUCCAUGCCAAGACAGUGUAUGACCUGCAGAGUGAUAAUGUGUACAAGUCCGACCUGCAGUGGCUGAGGGGCAUUGGCUGGUCCCCACUUGGAUCAUUGGACGUUGAGAAGAACAAGAGGGCAAGCGAGAUCCUGAGUGAUAAGAAGUAUCGUCAGCACCCAGACACCAUCAAAUUCACGAGCCUUCCUGACUCAAUGCCCAUGGAGCUGGCAAAGCACAACUCCAAAAUCAUGGACCAACGCUCCUACAUCUCAGCCUGGGAGAAGGACAAAACCAGUGUUCACAUCAUGCCGGACACCCCUGGGAUCCUGCUGGCCCAGCAGAACCAAGUGAACUUGAGCGAGAAACUGUACAAGCAGGCGAUGGAGGAGGAGAAGAAGAAGGGCUACGACAUGCGGGCAGAUGCCAUUCCCAUCAAGUCUGCCAAAGCUUCCCGGGACAUCGCCAGUGAUUACAAGUACAAGGAAGGGUAUCGCCAACAGCUGGGCCACCACAUUGGGGCCCGCAACAUUGAGGACGACCCCAAGAUGAUGUGGUCGAUGCACGUGGCCAAGAUCCAGAGUGAUAGAGAGUACAAGAAAGCCUUUGAGAAGACCAAGACACGCUUCAGCAGCCCUGUGGACAUGCUGGGAUUGGUGCUGGCCAAGAAAUGCCAGGAGCUGGUCAGUGAUGUCGACUACCGGCACUAUCUGCAUCAAUGGACUUGUCUGCCCGACCAGAACGAUGUGAUCCACGCCAAGCAAGCCUAUGACCUCCAGAGUGAUAACUGCUACAAGUCUGACCUGGAAUGGCUGCGGGGCAUUGGUUGGGUCCCGAUUGGUUCCUUGGAAGUUGAGAAGGCCAAAAAGGCAGGGGAGAUCCUGAGUGAUAAAAUUUACCGCCAGCAUCCGGACACCAUCAAGUUCACCAGCAUCCCCGAUUCCCUCCCAAUGGUGUUGGCCAAGCAGAAUGCAGACAACAUGAAUAAGCGUCUGUAUACUGAGGCCUGGGAUAAAGACAAGACACAAAUCCACAUAAUGCCUGACACGCCUGAAAUCACACUGGCAAGAGAGAACAAGAAAAACUACAGUCUGAAACAAUACAGACAGGCCAUGGAAGAUGCCAAGAAGGAAGGCUAUGAUUUGAGAGCUGAUGCCAUCCCCAUCCAAGCAGCCAAAGCAUCCAGGGAAAUUGCCAGUGAUUAUAAGUACAAGGAGGGGUAUCGGAAGCAGCUGGGCCACCACAUCGGGGCCAGGAACAUCGAGGAUGACCCCAAGAUGAUGUGGUCGAUGCACGUGGCCAAGAUCCAGAGUGACAGAGAGUACAAGAAAGCCUUUGAGAAGACCAAGACGCGCUUCAGCAGCCCUGUGGACAUGCUGGGAAUUGUGUUGGCCAAGAGGUGCCAGGAGCUGGUCAGUGACGUUGACUACAGGCACUACCUGCACCAGUGGAUCUGUCUGCCCGACCAGAACGACGUGAUCCACGCCAAGCGAGCCUACGACCUCCAGAGUGAUAACUGCUACAAGUCUGACCUUGAAUGGCUGCGGGGCAUUGGUUGGGUCCCAAUUGGUUCCUUGGAAGUUGAGAAAGCCAAGAGAGCAGGGGAGAUCCUGAGUGAUAAAAUUUACCGCCAGCGUCCAGACACCAUCAAGUUCACGAGUGUCACAGAUUCCCUGGAGAUGGUGUUGGCCAAGCAGAACGCAGACACCAUGAACAAGCGUUUGUACACUGAAGCGUGGAACAAAGACAAGACCACGAUUCAUGUCAUGCCUGACACCCCAGAAAUCCUGCUGGCCAAACAGAACAGAUUGAACUACAGUGAGAAAAUGUACAAACUGGCCUUAGAGGAGUCGAAGAAGAAGGGCCAUGAUUUGCGUUAUGAUGCCAUUCCCAUUCAAUCUGCCAAAGCCUCCAGAGAGAUUGCCAGUGAGUACAAGUACAAGGAGGGGUAUCGGAAGCAGCUGGGCCACCACAUCGGGGCCAGGAACAUCGAGGAUGACCCCAAGAUGAUGUGGUCGAUGCACGCGGCCAAGAUCCAGAGUGACAGAGAGUACAAGAAAGACUUUGAGAAGUCCAAGACGCGCUUCAGCAGCCCUGUGGACAUGCUGGGAAUUGUGUUGGCCAAGAGGUGCCAGGAGCUGGUCAGUGACGUUGACUACAGGCACUACCUGCACCAAUGGAUCUGUCUGCCCGACCAGAACGACGUGAUCCACGCCAAGCGAGCCUACGACCUCCAGAGUGAUGCUGUUUACAAAUCAGACCUGGAAUGGCUGAGAGGCAUUGGAUGGGUUCCUAUUGGUUCCUUGGAAGUUGAGAAAGCCAAGAAAGCCGGAGAAAUCCUCAGUGAGAGGAAGUAUCGCCAACCUGCCGACAAAAUCAAAUUUACCAGCGUGACCGAUUCCUUGGCCAUGGUCUUAGCCAAGCAGAAUGCUGAGAUCAUGAACAAGCGCUUGUACACAGAAGCCUGGGAUGCAGACAAGAAGUCCAUCCAUGUCAUGCCUGACACACCAGACAUCCUGUUAGCAAAGGCCAAUGCAGCCAAUGUUAGCCAUAAACUUUAUGUACAAGCCUGGGAAGAGGCCAAAAAGAAAGGUUAUGACCUGAGAGCUGAUGCAAUUCCAAUCAAAGCCGCCAAAGCAUCAAGAGAUAUUGCGAGUGACUACAAGUACAAAGAAACCCAUGAGAAGGAGAAAGGCCACUACAUCGGGUGCCCCAGUGCCAAGGAGGACCCCAAGCUGGUGCAGGCCGCGCGCGCCAUGGCCCUGCAGAACGACCGCCUCUACAAGAAGGCCUACAAUGAUUCCAAGACCCAUAUCCACAUCCCUGUGGAUGCCCUGUCGGUGCAGGCAGCCAAGGAGUGUCAGACCUUGGUCAGUGAUGUUGACUACAGGCACUACCUGCACCAGUGGACCUGCCUUCCUGACCAGAAUGACGUGAUCCACGCACGGCAGGCCUACGACCUCCAGAGCGACAACGUGUACAAGUCCGACCUGGAAUGGCUGCGAGGCAUUGGCUGGCUAACAGAAGGUUCUGUGGAUGUGGUCAAAGCCAAGAAAGCCCAGGAGCUCCUCAAUGAGCGCUUGUACCGCACGCGGCCGGAGCAGCUGAAGUUCACCAGCAUCACUGACUCCCCAGAUGUUGUCCUGGCCAAGACCAAUGCCAUGCAGCUCAGUGAUCGUCUGUAUCGUGAGGCCUGGGAUAAAGACAAGACCCAGAUUUCCCUCCCUUCGGACACUCCUGUCAUGCUGCAGUCCAAAGUCAACGCUAUCAACAUCAGCAAUAAACAUUAUCAGAAGGCCUGGGAUGAGGCCAAGGCGAAAAGCUAUGACCUAAGAGCUGAUGCCAUUCCCAUCAAGCAAGCCAAGGCCUCCAGAGACAUUGCCAGUGAGUACAAGUACAAAGAAACCCACGAGAAGCAAAAAGGCCACUACAUCGGGUGCCCCAGUGCCAAGGAGGACCCCAAGCUGGUGCAGGCCGCGCGCGCCAUGGCCCUGCAGAACGACCGCCUCUACAAGAAGGCCUACAAUGAUUCCAAGACCCAUAUCCACAUCCCUGUGGAUGCCCUGUCGGUGCAGGCAGCCAAGGAGUGUCAGACCCUGGUCAGUGACAUUGACUACAGGCACUACCUGCACCAGUGGACCUGCCUUCCUGACCAGAAUGACGUGAUCCACGCACGGCAGGCCUACGACCUCCAGAGCGACAACGUGUACAAGUCCGACCUGGAAUGGCUGCGAGGCAUUGGCUGGCUAACAGAAGGUUCUGUGGAUGUGGUCAAAGCCAAGAAAGCCCAGGAGCUCCUCAAUGAGCGCUUGUACCGCACGCGGCCGGAGCAGCUGAAGUUCACCAGCAUCACUGACUCCCCAGAUGUUGUCCUGGCCAAGACCAAUGCCAUGCAGCUCAGUGAUCGUCUGUAUCGUGAGGCCUGGGAUAAAGACAAGACCCAGAUUUCCCUCCCUUCGGACACUCCUGUCAUGCUGCAGUCCAAAGUCAAUGCUAUCAACAUCAGCAAUAAACAUUAUCAGAAGGCCUGGGAUGAGGCCAAGGCGAAAAGCUAUGACCUAAGAGCUGAUGCCAUUCCCAUCAAGCAAGCCAAGGCCUCCAGAGACAUUGCCAGUGAGUACAAGUACAAAGAAACCCACGAGAAGCAAAAAGGCCACUACAUCGGGUGCCCCAGUGCCAAGGAGGACCCCAAGCUGGUGCAGGCCGCGCGCGCCAUGGCCCUGCAGAACGACCGCCUCUACAAGAAGGCCUACAAUGAUUCCAAGACCCAUAUCCACAUCCCUGUGGAUGCCCUGUCGGUGCAGGCAGCCAAGGAGUGUCAGACCCUGGUCAGUGACAUUGACUACAGGCACUACCUGCACCAGUGGACCUGCCUUCCUGACCAGAAUGACGUGAUCCACGCACGGCAGGCCUACGACCUCCAGAGCGACGCUGUGUAUAAGUCAGACCUAGAGUGGCUCCGUGGAAUUGGCUGGUUACCCAACGACUCUCCAGAAAUUAAGAGGGUGAAGAAUGCCCAGGAUCUCCUGAGUGACAACGUGUAUCGGACCCCCAUUGACAGCCUGAAAUACACCAGUGUUGUGGAUUCCCCAGAUGUUGUUCUGGCCAAAACCAAUGCUGAACAGAUCAGCAUUCCAAAAUACAAAGAAGCCUGGGAAAAGGACAAGACUAUGAUCCACAUUAUGCCAGACACACCUGAAAUCAAUCUAGCCAAGGCUAAUGCUGUUAAUUACAGCCAGAAACAUUAUAAAGGUGCUUGGGAUGAGCUGAAGGUGAGCUACGAUUUGAGAGCAGAUGCAAUUCCAAUCAAGGCAGCCAAGGCUUCUAGAGAGAUUGCCAGUGAUUACAAAUACAAGCUGGACCACGAGAAGCAGAAAGGACACUAUGUGGGCGUGCCGAAUGCAAGGGGAGAUUCCAGAAUCCAGUUUGCCCUGGACAUAGGCAAAGUUCAGAGCGAACGAGAGUACAAGAAGUACUUUGCCAAGCUGAAGACCCAGUGCCACUUGCCAGUGGACAUGAUGUCCAUUGUGUCAGCCAAGCAUGGGCAGAGCCUGGUGAGCGACACCGAUUACCGGCAUUACCUGCACCAGUGGAUCUGCCUCCCUGACCAGAACGAUAUCAUUCACGCCAGGCAAGCCUACGACCUCCAGAGUGAUGCUGUUUAUAAAGCUGAUCUGGAAUGGCUGCGGGGAAUUGGAUGGUUGCCAAAUGAUUCUGUUGGAGUCAAGCAUGCCAAACAUGCUGGAGAUCUCCUGAGUGAGAGAAAGUACCGCACAAAAGUUGAAACUCUCCCAUUUACUCCUGUGGCUGACAGAGUUGAUUAUGUCACAGCAAAGAACAGCACUGAAAUUCUCAGUGAUGUUAAAUACCACAAAGAAUGGAAUGAGGCCAAGUCAAAUUACACUCUCACAGAUACACCACAGCUGGAUAUGGCCCGAGAGGCAGCCAGAAUUCUAAAUCAGAAUUUAUACAAGGAAAGUUGGGAGAAAGAAAAAGCCACUGGUUACCUCUUGCCUCCUGACACGGUGCAGAUCUCUCAUGCCAAACACUCAAGUGAUGUCCAAAGUGAGCUGAAAUACAAAGCUGAGUAUGUCAAGCAGAGAGGUCACUAUGUGGGAGUUGCCAAGAUGAGGGAUGACCCCAAGCUGGUGUGGUACGAGCACGCGGGUGAGAUCCAGAACGACAGGCUGUACAAAUCAGACUACAACAAAACCAAGUCCAAAAUCCACAUGCCUUCGGAUGCCAUGUCAGUUGUGGCAGCAAAGGAGUGCCAGAACUUGGUCAGUGACGUUGAGUAUCGCCACUACCUGCACGAGUGGACCUGCCACCCUGACCAGAAUGACUGCAUCCAGGCACGGAAGGCCUACGACCUGCAAAGUGAUAACAUUUACAAAGCUGAUUUGGAGUGGCUUCGUGGCUGUGGUUGGAUCCCUCUCGAUUCAGUGGAGCAUAAGAAAGUUAAGAAUGCACAAGAACUGAUAAACAAGAGAGCAUACACAAAAGAAGCCCUUGAGAACUUUUCCAACUACACCAGCGUGGUUGACACUCCUGACAUCGUUUUGGCAAAGAUGAACUCUGUCAAUCAGAGUGAUCUAAAAUACAAAGAAACAUUUAACCAGGAGAAAGGUCAGUAUAUUGGGUCUGAUGAUACUCCUGCUCUGCACCACGCCAAAGACAUGGCCUUGCUCCACAGUGAGAAACAUUAUAAGAAGGCUUGGGAACUGAGCAAGCCCAUUGGAUACACUCUGGAUGAGAAAUACAUUCCACUUGUGGGAGCCAAACAUGCAAACCACAUCAACAGCGAGCUUAAAUAUAAGGAAAUAUAUGAGAAGCUGAAAGGCCAUUACCUGGCUGGGAAGGAUAUUGGUGAUUUCCCUGGUGUCAUUCACUCCCUGGAAUUCCAGAAAAUGAGGAGCGCGCUGGCCUACAGAAAGAAUUAUGAAGACACCAAGAAAAAUGUCCAUAUUCCAACCGACAUGAUGAACCACGUCCUAGCCAAGAAGUGCCAGUACAUCCUCAGUGACCUGGAAUACCGCACUUACUUCCAUCAGUGGAAUUGUUCACCUGAAGAAAAUGAUGUUAUCCACGCCAGAAAAGCCCAGGAGAUUCUGAGUGAUACUGUGUAUAAAGAUGACUUAAAUUGGCUGAAGGGACUUGGAUGUUAUGUCUGGGAUACUCCACAAAUCCUACAGGCUAAGAAAUCCUAUGACCUCCAGAGCCAGAUAAAAUACACCUCUGCAGGGAAGGAGAACUUCCAGAACUUCAGUGUGGUUACAGACACCCCUGUCUAUGUGACUGCUCUGCAAAGUGCUGCCAAUGCCAGUGAGGUGAAAUACAAGGAGGAAUUCCAAAAAACUAAGGACAAGUACACAACUGUGACUGACACAGUGGAUUCAGAAAGAAUUCAUAGUUUGAAACAUCUCUAUAGUGAUAAUCUCUACAAGAAAACCUGGGAAAAAGUGAAGGCCACCAGCUAUGCAAUGCCCUCAGAUGCUGUAGCCUUAGCACGUGCCAAAGAACUGAAGCACAAUGCAAGCAUUGUCAAGUACCGUGAGGAAUAUGACAAGUUCAAAGCCCUGUACACCCUCCCCAGAGGUGUUGAGGAUGAUCCCAAUACAGCAAGGUGCCUCAGAGUUGGGAAGCUCAACAUUGACCGUCUGUACAAAGAAACCUAUGAGAAGACCAAAGCCAAGGUCCACAUUAUCCCAGACAUGGUGGACAUCAUUUCAGCCAAGGAUGCCCAGAAGAAGAUCAGCGAGGUCGAUUAUCGCACGCGGCUCCACGAGUGGAUCUGCCUGCCAGACCUGCAGGUCAACGCCCACGUGCGAAAAGUCACCGACCAAGUCAGUGAUGUGGUCUACAAGGAUGAUCUGAACUGGCUGAAAGGCAUUGGCUGCUUUGUCUGGGACACUCCUGAAAUCCUCCAUGCCAAGCACGCCUAUGACCUUCGCAAUGAUAUUAAGUACAAAUCUAAGGCAGAAAAAAUGAAGAAGGACUUCACUGUGGUCACAGACACUCCUGUCUACGUCCAGAAUGUGCUCAGUGCCUUGAAUUUAAGUGAAGCUGUCUAUCGUGGUGAUUACAAGCAGAAUGUCAAAGGCAAGAUGAUCUCUACUGAUAAAACUGUGGAUUUGGAGCGGGCAUAUAAUGCAAACAAAAUACAGAGUGAGAAUUUGUAUCGCUGGGCUGGUGUGAAUGCUCUGCCCACUGGAUACAGCCUUCCCACGGACACUCCACACUUCCAGCAUGCCAAACACGUCCAACACAUCGGCAGUGAUCUGAAAUAUAAAGAAGCCUAUGAACACAUGAAAGCCAAGGGCUACACUCUGGGACCUAAAGAUGUUGGCUUUGAAAACGUGAGGAAGGUCAAUCAAGUCAUUAAUGAGAGGCUGUACAGGGCAACGUACCACAAGAACAAGGACAAGAUCCACACCACCCCCGACACGCCCGAAAUCCGCCAAGUCAGAGCCACCCAGGAGGCUGUCAGUGAUCUGAUCUACAAGUCAGAUUUCUUCAAGAUGCAGGGACACCUGAUCUCCCUGCCCUACACCCCUCACGUGCUGCACUGUCGCUACGUCGGGGACAUCACCAGUGACAAUAAAUACAAAGAGGACCUGAGGUGGUUGAAGGGCCUGGGUUGCUUCCUGUAUGACACUCCUGACAUGGUCCGUGCUCGCGAGCUCCGGAAGCUCUGGUCCAAUUAUAUCUACACAAGUACUGCCAAGAAAAUGUGGCCUAAAGUCAACGUGGUGUUGGAUACCCCUGGAUACAGAACAGUGCAGGAACUGAAAACCCAUCUGAGUGAGCUGGUUUACAGAGCUGCAGGCAACGAGCUGAAGACAAAAUACACUUCUGUCCUUGAUACACCUGACUUCAUAAGAGCCAAGAAAGGACAGAAAAUACAGAGCCAGUACUUGUAUGUGGAACUUGCCACAAAAGAGAGACCCCACCAUCAUGCUGAUGGUCAGACUCCAGCCUUUACACAUGCCAGGAAUGUCAAGGACAUGAUCAGUGAGAAAAAGUACAAAACCCAGUAUGAGAAGAUGAAGGACAAAUACACCCCUGUCCCUGACACCCCAGUGCUGAUCAGAGCCAAGAGAGCCUACCUGAAUGCCAGUGAUCUGCGCUACAAAGAAACCUUUGAGAACACCAAGGGCAAGUACCACACAGUGAAGGAUGCUCUGGACAUUGUCUAUCACAGGAAGGUCACUGAUGACAUCAGCAGUAUCAAAUAUAAGGAAAAUUACAUGAGCCAGCUGGGAAUCUGGAGAUCCAUCCCAGACCGCCCAGAGCACGCCCAUCACCGCCUGGUCACGGAUGCCAUCAGUGAUAUCAAAUACAAGGAAGACCUGGCAUGGCUCAAAGGCACUGGCUGUUACGUGUGGGAUACUCCAAGUUUUGUCCUGGCAGAGAAGAAUAAAGUGCUCUAUAGUGGGUGUAAGUACAAGGAGAAUUUUGAGAAGACCAAGUCCCAGUUCAAGUAUGUGGCUGACUCUCCAAUCAAUGAGCAUUUUAAAUAUGCAACUCAGCUGAUGGAUGGGAAAUUAUAUAAAGCUGCCUAUGAGAAGCUCAAAGAUAGGUACAGCGUUAUUGUGGAUGAUCCCAGGAAUCUGCUGGCCAAGUGGGGCAGCACUCUGAGCAGUCAGAUUCAGUACAAGAAGGACUAUGAGAAGAAGAAAGACAAAUACACCACAGUUCUGGAUACUCCAGAAUAUUUACGGACCUCAAAGGUCAACAAACAGAUCAGUGACAUUAUUUACAAGUUGGAAUACAACAAAGCCAAGCCCAAGGGCUACACCACCAUCCAGGACACGCCGAUGCUGCUGCACGUGCGCAAGGUCAAGGACAGGAUCAGUGAUCUGAAAUACAAGGAAAUGUAUGAGAAGAGUAAAUCUCACUGCAACGUCGUGGCAGACUCAGUUCACAUUAAAACUCCCAGACACGCCUACAAACUGAACAGCAACCUGGAUUAUAAGAAGAAAUACGAGGCAGCCAAGGCCCACUGGCACCUGAUCGCUGACAGGCCUGACUUUGUCCAAGCAGCCAAGUCCUCUCUGCAGCAGAGUGAUUACGAAUACAAACUGGACCGGGAGUUCCUCAAGGGGUGCAAACUUUCUGUCACAGAUGAUAAAAACACAGUGUUGGCCCUAAAUAAUGCCAUCCUGGCCAGUGAUAUAAAAUACAAAGAGAAGCACAACAAAGCCCGAGGGACCUACCACGUUGUUCCAGACACCCCUCAGAUCCUGCUGGCUAAGAAUGUCAGCUCUCUGGUGUCUGAGAACAAGUACAAAGCGCAGAGCAAGAAGCAGCUGCCCCAUGGCUCUUUCACAACCCUGCCCGAGACGCGGGACACCGUCCACGUGAAGGAGGUGACCAAGAACGUCAGCGAGACAAACUACAAAAAGAAGUUUGUGAAAGAAAAAGGCAAAUCCAAUUAUUCUGUCAUGCUGGAGCCUCCUGAGGUGAAACAUGCCAUGGAAGUAGCUAAAAACCAGAGUACAAUUGAAUACAAGAAGGAUGCCAAGUCCAAGCUCCACUACACACCCAUAGCAGAUCGACCAGAUAUUAAGAAAGCAACUCAGGCUGCCAAGUUAAUCAGCAAUAUUGAGUAUAAGAAGCGUGGAGCAGCAGGUGUGGGUGUGACCAUGCUGGGGCGUCCGGACAUUGAGCUGGCCAAGGAGGUGUCCAAACUGACCAGCCAGGCAGAGUACCUCAAACACCACAUGAGAGGCCAUGGAGCUGCUUCCUAUGACACGCCCUGGAUGAGAACCUUUAAGAAAGCAAAUAUGCUAAGUAGUCAUGUGAAAUACAAGGAGAACUUUGCCAAAGAGAUGGGUAAAAAGCCAAAGUAUGAUUUGAAGGAGGCCAAAAUCUACAAGACCCUGAAGGAUGCCCACAACAUGGCCAGCGAGGUGAAGUACAAGGCAGACCUGAAGAAGCUGCACAAGCCCGUCACGGACAUGAAGGAGUCGCUGCUCAUGAACCACGUGCUGAGCACGAGCCAGCUCGCCAGUGCUUACCAGUACAAGAAGCAAUAUGAGAAGAGUAAGGGUCACUACCAUGUGGUGCCAGAUAAUCUUGAACAGGUUCACUUCAGGGAGGCCUCAGAACUCCAGAGCCACGUGAAAUACAGAGAAAAGUAUGAGAAGGAAAAAGGAAAACCCAUGUUGGACUUUGAAACUCCCACAUACCUGACUGCAAAGGAGUCUCAGCUCAUGCAGAGCGAGAAAGAAUAUAAGAAGGACUUUGAAGAGUCCAUGAAGGGCAGGAACCUCACUGGCCUGGAGGUCACACCAUCCCUCUUACAUGUCAAAUACGCCACCAAAAUAGCGAGCGAGAAAGAGUACAGGAAGGAUCUGGAGGAAGGAGUCAAAGGGAAGGGACUGACAGCCUUAGAGGAGACUCCAGACAUGCUGAGAGCCAAGAAUGCAACUCAGAUCCUGAACGAGAAGGAGUACAAGAAAGCCUUGGAGCUGGAGAUCCGCGGGAAGGGCCUGAGCGAGCUGGCCCUGGAGACGCCGGAUUUUGUGAGGGCCAAGAACGCCACCGACAUCGCCAGCCAGAUCAAAUACAAACAAUUGGCAGAAAUGGAGAAAGCCAACUACACCAGUGUUGUUGAUACUCCAGAGAUUAUUCAUGCCCAGCAGGUCAAGAACCUUUCCAGCCAGAAAAAAUACAAGGAAGAUGCAGAGAAAGACAUGCCCUACUAUGUGCCUGUGGCUGACACACCAGAAAUGCAGCGAGUCCGAGAGAAUCAGAAGAACUUCAGCAUGCUUCAAUAUCAGUCAGACCUACAGAACAGUAAAGGAAAGGUCACAGUGGUACAGGACACCCCAGAAAUUCUGAGGGUGAAGGAGAACCAGAAGAAUUUCAGCUCGAUUUUGUAUAAAGAAGAUAUUGGAACUGGAACUACAAUUGAAAAGACCCCAGAGAUGCAGAGGGUUAAACGAACCCAGGAUAAUAUCAGCUCGGUGAAGUACAAGGAGAGCAUUGGGAAAGGAACUCCCAUUCCCGACCUGCCGGAGGUGAAGCGCGUCAAGGAGACCCAGAAGCACAUCAGCUCGGUGUUGUACAAGGAGGAGCUGGGCACAGGCACCCCCACGCCUGUGACCCCAGAAAUGGAGCGAGUCAAACGCAACCAGGAGCAGAUUAGCUCGGUGUUGUACAAGGAGGGUUUAGGGGCUGGCACUGCGACGCCGGUGACGCCGGAGAUGGAGCGAGUCCGACGGAACCAGGAGCACAUUAGCUCGGUGUUGUACAAGGAGGGGCUGGGGGUUGGCACCCCAGUUCCUGUCACUCCUGAGAUGGAGAGGGUCAAACGCAACCAGGAGAACUUUAGCUCGGUGUUGUACAAGGAGGAGCUGGGGACAGGAACCCCCACCCCUGUCACUCCUGAGAUUGAGAGGGUCAAACGCAAUCAAGAAAACUUUAGCUCGGUGUUGUACAAGGAGGAGCUGGGGACAGGAACCCCCACCCCUGUCACUCCUGAGAUUGAGAGGGUCAAACGCAAUCAAGAAAACUUUAGCUCGGUGUUGUACAAGGAGGAGCUGGGGACAGGAACCCCCACCCCUGUCACUCCUGAGAUUGAGAGGGUCAAACGCAAUCAAGAAAACUUUAGCUCGGUGUUGUACAAGGAGGAGCUGGGGACAGGAACCCCCACCCCUGUCACUCCUGAGAUUGAGAGGGUCAAACGCAAUCAAGAAAACUUUAGCUCGGUUCUGUACCGGGAGGAGCUGGGCACGGGCACCCCAAUCCCGGUCACUCCCGAGCUGGAGAGGGUCAAACGCAACCAGGAGCACCUGAGCUCGGUGUUGUACAAAGAGAGCGUGGGGACAGGGACCCCCACUCCUGUCACCCCCGAGAUGGAGAGGGUCAAACGCAACCAGGAGAUUUGCAGCUCGGUGUUGUAUAAGGAAAACAUAGGGAAAGCCACCCCCACCCCCGUCACUCCCGAGAUGGAGAGAGUCAAACGCAAUCAAGAGAUCAUCAGCUCGGUUUUGUACAAGGAAAAUGUGGGGAAGGUGACCCCAACCCCCAUCACCCCCGAGAUGGAGAGAGUCAAACGCAACCAAGAGAUCAUUAGCUCGGUGUUGUACAAAGAGAACGUGGGGCAGGCGACCCCCACGCCGGUCACUCCCGAGAUGGAGCGAGUCAAACGCACCCAGGAGCAGAUUAGCUCGGUUGCAUACAGGGAAGGUUUAGGGAAGGCCACUCCCAGCCCGCUCACUCCGGAGAUGGAAAGAGUCAAGCGGAACCAGGAACAAAUCAGCUCGGUGCUGUACAAGGAGCAAAUGGCCAAGGGAACUCCGACCCCACUGACCCCAGAGAUGGAGAGAGCCAAGCGCAACCAGGAGAACAUCAGCUCGGUUCUUUACUCUGACAGCUUCCGGAAGCAAGUCCAAGGAAAAGCCGCCUACGUCCUGGACACCCCGGAGAUGCGGCGCGUGCGGGAGACCCAGAAACACAUCUCCACUGUGAAGUACCACGAGGACUUUGAGAAGAGCAAAGGGAGCUUCACGCCCGUGGUCACCGACCCCAUCACGGAGCGUGUGAAGAAGAACAUGCAGGACUUCAGUGACAUCAGCUACAGGGGCAUCCAGAGGAGGGUGGUGGAGAUGGAGCGGAAACGCGUGGACCAGGACCAGGAGAACAUCACCGGGCUCCGGGUAUGGAGAACCAACCCCGGCUCCGUCUUUGACUACGACCCUGCUGAGGACAACAUCCAGUCCCGGAGCCUGCACAUGAUCUCAGUCCAGGCGCAGCGCCGCAGCCGCGAGCACUCGCGCUCCGCCAGCGCCCUGAGCAUCAGCGGCGCCGCCGACGAGAAAUCCGAGCCCUCGGACGGCACCGACCAGCGCCUGUCCUACUACAGCAACGGGGGCUUCUUCAGCGCCACGGCCACAGUGGGCUACAAGCAGGUGAAGACCAUUGAGUUGCCACAGCAACGCUCGUCCUCAGUCGCCACGCAGCAAACCACGGUGUCCUCGGUGCCUUCCCACCCUUCCACUGCUGGGAAGACGUUCCGGGCCAUGUACGACUACACGGCGGCCGACGCGGACGAGGUGUCCUUCAAGGACGGGGACACCAUCGUCAACGUGCAGGCCAUCGACGAGGGCUGGAUGUACGGCACGGUCCAGAGGACCGGCAAGACCGGGAUGCUCCCGGCCAACUACGUGGAGGCCGUGUGAGCCCAGCCUGCCCCAGGGCUGGGACACCUCCCCCAGGGCCUCCUGUCCCUGGGAACCACAACAGGAAUAACUGCAGAGCAAGAUCCACCUGGAGUAUCUCACAAGGUUCGGUGAAGUACCUCUAAGCACAUCCUGCCUUUCUCCCCGUGCAAAAAACUCCCAACUGUUGUCUGGAAUUUCAAACAUUUCAUCACACUCUGUAAUGAGACACUACACAACUCAGCAUCUCCAAAAUUCUGUUACUAAAGACUAACACACACUUUGCUUUAUUCAUUCUCCCCCAAAGAGAGAAUUUUUCUGGGCUGUUCUAAAAUGUUUGAAUCUCUUCACUUCCUUUUCCAUAUAAGCCACGUUUAAGCUUUGUAUUUCAAACCAAUUUGGGGAGGGAAAAGCAACCACCCCUCCCCCUCCUGCUUGCUGAGCUCUCAUGAAUGUGUUGUCCUGCAACUGUUCUGGGGGCAAAAGCUGUGAUUUCUUGUAAAUUAGUGAUGAAUAAAGCUGAGGUUUCUGCAGUA